GAAACAAACUGUCAAACUUGGAUGGACACAAUGGAACGAAUGAGUAAAUGUCAUUGCUUUAGCUAAAUGAAUGUGUUACUGCAAUCUUGUCAUUCAACAUACCGCAAGGUUCUAGUGUAGCCUACAUCUGCGUUUGCGAGGAUAAGUUUGACUGAUUUCAACACAGCUAACUCUCUAUAGCCACCCCGGGUAGGUCCUACUGUAACUCUGUUCGUGGUCAUUGUCCAGCGUGUGCUAGCUACCUAGCCAGCAUAGCCUAAUGGCACCAAAGAAGAAAGCACUGCCUAACCCCCUCCCAGACGGAUGGAUUGUGACAGACACAGAAAAGAAAAGCUGGAAACUUGGAAAAGUCAUCGGCAGUGGUGGUUUUGGAUUAAUAUACCUAGCAUCCCAGGAUGUGGACGCACCUGUUGGAGAUGACUCUAAUUUUGUGAUUAAAGUCGAGUAUCAUGAGAAUGGACCAUUGUUCUCAGAGCUGAAAUUCUAUCAAAGGGCUGCCAAACCAGAAAGCAUGCUCAGAUGGAAGAAGAAGAAAGGAUUGGACUUCCUUGGAAUUCCAGCCUACUGGGGAUCAGGCCUGUUUGAACACAAAGGAACAAGGUACAGGUUUAUGGUGAUGGAUCGGCUUGGCAGUGACUUGCAGAAAGUACUCCAGGAAUGUGGAGGCCACUUCCCAAAGCACACUGUCCUACAGCUUGGAUGUCUUUUACUGGACGUGCUGGAAUAUAUUCAUGACAACGAGUACGUCCACGCCGACAUUAAGGCUGCCAAUCUCCUAUUGGGCCUCAGAGAUCCCGACAAGGUGUAUUUGGCAGACUAUGGCCUCGCCUAUAGGUACAACCCAGAAGGAGUCCAUAAGGAGUACAAAGAGAACCCAAAGAAGGGACACAAUGGCACCAUUGAGUACACAAGCAUCGAUGCCCACAAUGGCGUAGCUCCGUCCAGACGGGGGGACCUGGAAAUUCUGGGCUACUGUCUCCUGCAUUGGCUGUGCGGGACCCUGCCCUGGCUCUCCGUCCUGAGAAACCCGACUCAGGUCCAGGAAGCCAAGGCCAAGCUGAUGUCAAAUCUGCCUGAGUCGGUCACUCAGCUUUCAAGCACAGCCUCUGGCAAUGUCGAGCUUGCCCAGUUCAUGGUCGGUGUCAAGGCCCUGGACUACAAAGAGAGGCCCGACUACCAGGCACUGAGACGGGUGCUAAGUGAAGGAGUGCCAACGGCCUCCAGGAGCCAAGGCCUCUUGGACCUCCCCCGACCCAAACCAGGGAAGGUGCCGGAGCCAUCAGCCCUGAGGACUGCAGGCCAAGCCAAACCUCCCGCUAGAAGAACAGCCAAGCCAAAGACCAUUCCUUCUGGCAGCGAUGUUUCCGAUGAGGAUAGCCCAAAGCCGAGUCUCCGCAGAGCGAAACCAUCAGGAAAGCCUCGUGAACAGGGCUCUGGCCCAGCCAAACCUGCUGGAAAAAGAAUAACUAAACCAAAGCCCGUUCUUGUGGAGGAAGAGGAGGAUGAUGAUGCUGAUUAUGCUUCUGAUUCUGAUUCCGAAGAGGAUCCUAGGCCAGCUCGAGGCAGAGGCCGCGCAGCGAAGCCUCCACAGAAGAAAAGAACCAGUCCUGCCAAAAGAGGGUCCAGGGCGAAGCCUGUGGACAGCGAUGAAGACUACUCUCCCGGGCCAGAGUACAGAAGGGCCGAGGGAGCCCGCCAGAGAUCAGCAGCAGCAGCAGGGGCGUCAGUAGACAGUCUGUGCCCUGCAAUGGAGCAAAAAAAAGGCAUGCCAAAAUAUGCUAGUAGAAGAACAGAACUGGCCGAAGCACACCUGCCAAGGUUCCCAUCAGAAUGUGGCCAGAGUUCCGAUUACUCCAGCACAGCCUGGGCCACCCCACAGAUCAGACGGCAGUGCGGGAGUAACAGCCACUCAUCUGCCCUUAGUUACAGUCGUGAUGAUGACCACUGGAGGGAAUAUGCACAAGGCCAAGACCACCCAAGGAGGACCCAAACCAAUUGGGGAUAUCUGGAUCGACACAAUGAAGAGCCGUGGGCAUAUUCUGGUCCUGACGUUGGUCACAAUUGCUCUCAGGACAACCAGGCUGCGGAACGUGAAGGACAGUGGAGCUGGGGCAGUGCUAAGCUAGUUGCUGGGGUAAUUCUGAUCCUUGUCUUUCUGGCAGUUUUUGUUCGUUGA